AUGCGUGAAUGCAUUAGCCUACAUGUUGGUCAAGCUGGUGUUCAGAUGGGCAAUGCCUGCUGGGAAUUGUACUGCUUAGAGCAUGGUAUUCAGCCCGAUGGACUUUUGCCUGGAGACAAGUCCAUGGGAGCUGAGGAUGAUUCAUUUAACACCUUCUUUAGUGAGACCGGGUCUGGCAAACACGUACCGCGUGCUGUUUUUGUCGAUCUGGAACCUACUGUUGUUGACGAAGUCCGUACUGGCACUUACCGUCAGCUCUUCCACCCGGAACAGCUAAUUACGGGCAAGGAGGACGCUGCGAACAAUUAUGCUCGUGGCCAUUACACUAUUGGCAAGGAAUUGAUUGACCAUGUGCUUGAUCGUAUUCGCAAAUUGGCUGAUCAAUGUACUGGUCUCCAAGGUUUUCUGCUUUUCCACUCUUUCGGCGGUGGUACAGGCUCGGGAUUCACUUCUCUCCUCAUGGAAAGAUUAAGUGUUGACUACGGGAAGAAGGCCAAGCUCGAGUUUUCUAUUUAUCCAGCACCACAAAUCUCGACUGCAAUGGUCGAGCCAUACAACUCCAUUCUCACUACUCAUACUACGCUUGAGCACUCAGACUGUUCGUUUAUGGUUGAUAAUGAGGCUAUUUACGACAUCUGCAGACGCAAUCUUGACAUAGAAAGACCUACCUACACCAACUUAAACCGUCUUAUCAGUCAAAUUGUGAGUUCGAUCACCGCUUCAUUGAGAUUCGAGGGUGCUCUUAAUGUCGACUUAACUGAGUUCCAAACGAACUUAGUGCCUUACCCUCGUAUCCACUUCCCGUUAACUACCUAUGCACCGGUUAUUUCGGCUGAAAAAGCCUACCAUGAGCAAUUGACCGUUGCCGAGAUUACUAAUUCAUGCUUUGAGCCUGCCAACCAAAUGGUAAAGUGCGAUCCUCGCCAUGGCAAAUAUAUGGCCUGCUGUCUUCUUUAUCGUGGUGACGUGGUUCCAAAAGAUGUAAAUGCGGCCAUCGCAACCAUCAAGACACGUCGUAAUAUCCAGUUUGUUGACUGGUGUCCAACUGGUUUCAAAGUUGGUAUUAACUAUCAACCACCGUCUGUGGUACCUGGUGGUGAUUUAGCCAAGGUUCAACGUGCUGUUUGCAUGCUGAGUAAUACCACUGCCAUUGCCGAGGCAUGGGCUCGAUUGGAUCACAAGUUUGACUUGAUGUACGCCAAGCGAGCCUUCGUUCAUUGGUAUGUGGGUGAGGGCAUGGAAGAAGGUGAAUUCUCUGAAGCUCGUGAAGAUCUUGCUGCUUUGGAGAAGGACUAUGAGGAAGUCGGUGUUGAUAGUGCCGAUGACGAAGCUGCCGACGGUGACGAAUUUUAA